ACAUCCCGCGCAGGGACAGCAGCCUGGUGACGUAAAUGGGCUUGAGCUGUGACUAGUGAGCGUGCUCGAGCUGCAGGAGGACGGAGCGCGUGCCCACAGGGGGGCAUUGCUGCUUGUUCUCUUCCCCCCGUCAGCACAUAGUGGACCGGCCCACGACAGAGCAACAGGAAAACAGCCUCCUCUCCUCUUCCUCUCCUCCUCUUCCUCCUCCUUCAUCGCUCCGAGCGGCUCGGCUUCUCUGCUGGAUGUUUUCGGUCUGAGCUCCGGGCCGCUGUUUCCAGGUGAAGGUUCCGGGCCUCGUGGCGGGGGUUCUGCUCGGGGAUCAGGUGGACCGAACAAAAUGAAUUAAAUGUGUCGAAACGCCACUUUAGCAGUACAUCGCAUCUAAUUGUGAGGGGAAGGCCGUCACAUGGGCUUUUGUCUGGUUCGAACAUCUCCAGAAGAUGUUCACCCUGCUGCUGCCAUCACCAAACCCGCAGACCUGAGGCUGCAGCAGCGAGGAGCGGGAUCCUUCCUGAUGGGUUAAACUGGGAGCUGGUUUAAACUGAGCAGAAGGGCAGUCUCUCUACAGCCAUGCAAAAGGUGGAGGGACGUGUAACUCCUGUUAACCUUCCAUCAUCUAGGGGCCCGAGUGCUCCGGGGUCUCCUGCCACUGGCAUCAUGGCUCGUCUGAAUGACCAAAUGGUUGGCUACAAAGACCUUGCAGCACUGCCCAGAGAUAAAGCCAUCCUGCAGGUGGAAAGACCCGACCUGAUGACCUAUCAGCCCCACCUGAGCUUCUCAUCACUUGACCCGCCACGCAGAGAGCGCUCUCUUUCCCCUCCUGCCAUGUCUCCCUCCAGGUCUCCUGAGGUGAAAGGUCGCAGAGCAGAGAGCGACAGUGGCUCCCCUGGAGGAUCCACGCUGCAACUGCAAGCAGGUCGCAAGAUAAGCACCAGCCUGCAGCAUUUCCAUCGACCAGAUAAUGGCUCCAACAUCUACAGGAAGCCUCCGAUCUACAAACAGGACCUUAACAAACCGUCAGAGGGCAGUGGGGUCAUUCAGUCUGCCAAGUUCCCCGCUGCCCAGCCUCCAGACCCCAACCAGCCCUCCAAGAUUGAGACAGAGUACUGGCCCUGCCCACCUUCACUGGCUGCUAUGGAGAUUGAGUGGAGGAAGAAGAAACUUCAGGAAGAAGAUGAGUUUGAAGACGUGACAGAAGAAGAGCAGGAGCAGCAGGAGCUGCAGGAGCAGGAGCUGGAGAAGAUCAAGUCCAACCUGGGCCGUCUGAUCCUGAAGGAGGAGAAGGAGAAAAGCAUUCACAUCAGGAGGAAGACACAGUCUCUGCCAGACAGAACACACAUGCACAGCACAGGUGUGUCAGCUAGUGCAUCAAAGUCUCCGUCCCGCUCCGCCCUGACCAGAAUGCAGUCGGCAGAGUUUUCUACAGAUGGAGAUAAAGGACGGCCAGCUGCUCAGAAUGGAGAGAGCCGGAGAGAUCGCAUGGAUAGAGGGAAUUCCCUGCCAAGCAUCCUGGAGCAGAAGAUUUAUCCGUAUGAAGCCCUGAUUGUAACCCACAGAGGGCGCUGUAAGCUGCCCCCUGGAGUGGACCGGACACGGCUGGAGAGGCAUCUCUCCCAGGAGGAGUUCCAGGAAGUGUUCGGGAUGCCCAUCGGCGAGUUUGACCGCCUGUCGUUAUGGAGACGAAACGAACUGAAGAAAAAAGCCUCGCUUUUCUAACAGGAAGUGACCUAAUUCCCAACCAAUACUUGAUGAAGCCUCUCCUCUGCAAGGAGGAGGAGCCAAAGAACAGGCCAUAACGUCAGCUAUCCAAUCAGCAGAUCAGCAGACCCCCCAACUAACAGCUCCCAUCCCUGGAAGACUGGAUCAGAACGUCUGAUGACGACCAGUUGUUCUCAGAUCUAAACUUAAGUGAUGCUCUGACAUGUUACCAGUACUGCACUUAUAACCACCACUGCUUGCAAACCAUUCCUACCAUAUAUCCUCCACCACCACCAUCAUCAUCAUCAUCAUUGUUAAUGUGACAUUUAGUCUCACAGUUACACUUCCAGAGGUCCCCAUCUUGAAGAGAGAUCAGCCGUUAUCUGUACUGUGAAGCUGCUGCUAAUCUGUGGGUUGAAAAGAGGCCGACUGCUGACCAGUAGCUGCUUCCUACAGGAGUCCCUCAGUCUGUUAAACCUCCUUCAUGUCCAUCCAAGACCUAUUGUUGUGUGUUACACUUACUUUCCUUCCCCAUAGUUCUUACUGUGUCAGUUAUUUCUAAAGUGGUACUUUAAGAGUAUUGGGGGGUUUUAUGCCUGGAGAGGCAGCUUAACGUCUUCCUGCACAUGCUUGAGCUGGCAUCACUUUCUUAUUUUGCCAUGUAUGUUGGCAUAUCUAAAGUUCAGCCUUUCAUGGGUCAAAACAUGAAUAAAUGAACAUCAAGUCCUUUCUUGUGUAUAAAGGAAAUAUGUUGCCACUGUUUUGUAUAGAGUGUGUGUUAGGAUGAAGAAUGUUACUGCGUAAGGACUGCGUUGUAUAAAUUGUCAAACAUAUUAUUUUUUCCGUACUUAAUGAGUAUCUGACCAUCUUAGGAUGACGUGUAAUGUUCUAUAGUCAGUAACACCACAAUGAUUAUGAGCUGAACUGAUCAGAAAGUUGCUUAACCUGCCUUCCUGUUGGAGCUACUUUGAAGAUCCAGCAAACUGAGACUCUUCAGUACAAACUGAGUGUGUGCAUGAUGUAACAUGAGAUCAAGUCAAAUUAUUAAAUGGAUAAGCUGUAUUGAGUAUAAACUUAUUUAACUUCUGUACAAUACAUGAAUGGUGUCUCAGAACUGUGACUCUACUAUCAUGAAAUAUUGUUCAAAAAUGUAGCAAGCUGGUUGAACUGUACUAGAUGUGGAGAGGUGACUGUUGUCCAAGCUGCACGUCUUCAUACACCAUAGAUAUGGGACAGUGUGAUGGAUCUAUAAAUCAGAACCACAAAUCAUGACUUUACAGGAAAAUCCUACAAUUUCAGAUUUUUUACACAGGAACCACUCCAUCUAUUUAUUGAUAUUGAAAUAUCAAAAUAUUCUAAUGGCUUUCAGUACCAUUUAUUUUGAGGUGUUAGUUCUUUCUGAUCAUCACACUUUAAAAAACAGGAGGAGGAAGCAAAACAAACAUCUUAAGGCAUUUACUUGUAAAGAAAACUUACUAAUAAUGAGCUUCUGUUGAAUUACUAAAAAUCCUAAGAUUCAAAAGUUUAGUUUUUGUUAGUGAGCUUCUUUAACUUCUAACUUAUAGAUGUUGUUGCUCUGUUCUCUCGGUUCACUGAGCCAGCUGCUUCCUGUUAGCAUGUGAGGACCUCACCCAGCCCUGCUUCUUUCUUUAACUCAGCUUCUGAAUUGAAUAAUAUUCAGAUGAAACCUGAUACACAUACAUACAAGGAGAACCUUUUGGAGUUUUAUCAUACAGUCAGAAAUGACCAAUUCGAUUGGACUAUUUACGGUGUUUCUAUUAGGAUACGAAGUGUUUUCUGUUAGUAACAUCCAGAACAUCAGUGGGCCAUUCUGACUGGUACUUCAAUUAGUAUAGGUAUGCUUUAAUUUGACCGUAACUAUACUAUUAGUAGUAGUGGUGGUAGCAGUGUUAAAUGCAUGACCCUAAAGCUAAAGACAAUAUUCUGUAGCCAGCCUAAUCCCAAACAUUGACACAUUAAAACAAGCUAACUUGUUGUCCAAAGCUUAAACCAUUAAGGACUCAACUUUAGAAAAGGAAGAUUUUUUUUCUCUGAAUAAAAACAAUGGCCUUUAACAUAAUGCAAGGUAUGAAGGUUAGGAGAACAUUUUCAGGAAGGGUUGUUAGAAAGUUGGCUGCGACCUUGAGCAAAUGUCCCUGAAUGUUUUGGAGGAAAGUAAUAAAAUAAAAUGUUUGAGAGACAAUAAAAGAAGGUUUUUUUGUUGCCCUAAAGUGAAUAUUGAUAGUGGAAGAAAAGUUUCAGACUUCAAUGCUCAGUUAUCCUUCAGUAGCCUUUCCUAAAUGCUUUCUUUUUUCUUUUAGCUAACACUCACAUUAGCUCACCAGGAUAGUGUCUGUCUUCAUCCAAACUAAGGUUAGAACUGAACAAAAGAACUGAACUGGUUCACAGUUUGAGAGGGAAUAAGGAAUGGGUGGAAAUCUACUUCCAAUUUAGUUGUAAUAGUAAGACUUUCUCUGCCACAUUGUAGUUCACAGGUAAUCCAAAAGAGGGCAAUCUAAGAUUUAAAGAAGCCAUUCUGCCUGUUUGAACUCACAUGAAACUGGAAGCAGCUUCAUGGUACCAGUCCAGUCUCUUCCUGAUCCAACUCUGACAGCUUCCUGCGCUAUAACUUGAAUAACGGCCGACUGAAGGACAUUUCACCUCGUUCAGUAGCCAAUAGUGAAUUUAUUUAUUUCAGGCAGCUUUAUUUAUAGAUUGUGUUUUUACUGUGAACCAUUUUGUUGGAGACUAAUCCUUUUUUAAUGAGCACUGAUGUUAGUAUUCAUCACAUUAAAGGGGCGGUUUUUGCUCAUUAGGGUGUCACUGGUACCAGUAAAGGACACUGUGCUCAGUUUGUGUCAUGUGACUUGAAUAAAUCUGUUGGACUGAAAACUUG